GAAAAGGUGGAAAGUCGUACAUUUAGAAGCGCGUCUUUCUCGAUCCUGCCGAAGAGUAGCUAGAUACCUAGGUAGCGGCGCAAACUUGUCUGUCUACGCCUGACGCCGUCGCUGUCGUCGCCGUCGCCGCCGCCGCCGGUAAAAUUCAAACUUGAGUGGCAAGAUGCUUUCAGUCCUAGCGUGAAUCCCGCGUCGUUCGCACUUGUUUAGAGGGAAGUCAACUCCGAUUAGUCCAGUCUACGGCAAGAGUGAAUUAUGUUAUGGCAAGCCAUAAAUAAGGUGUAAAUUAAUUAGUGGUGGUACAAUGUAUCCGACAAGUGCCACUUUAAAAUAAUAAUCAAAACAAAUAAAAAAACGGCAGUGGCAAGUGAUUAGUGACGAGCAAACGUUGUUUCGAGUGAAUUGAUUCGAAAUAGCGGAGGAAGCAAAUUACUCUGAACACAUACAAUAGCGGAGUGGGUUUUGCGGGGAUAGGUGUUGUGUACUUCAAAGCCGGAGAUAAGACAACUUUGCCGCCCGUUGACAGCCUACUAAAUUUUUUUUGCUAAACGGAAAUCAAUAUCCGUCGUGAUUUAAUUUUCGGAUCUACGCAUCGCUUGGAAGUGCCAAAGUGCCAGUUAAUUAAAGUGAGUACGUUAAUGACGGGGUCGAUGCCCUGAAAACUUGCAAAUUGAUUAUUACGACUAAAGUCAAUUAGAGAGCAAACGGCGGUGGAUGCUGAUGAUGCGAGAGUUGUAAUAAAACCAAACUAUUAAAUCCUGGUGUACCAGUGAAUAUGAGAGAAUUCAAUCAGUAAAAGUGAAUCAAAUGAAAUGAUGUUAAUAAAAAUGUGUUUCCUGAAUUGGAGUGAAAACGAUACUAGUAUUUACGGCAGCAUUAAUUACGCUCUCAUCUGAGUGUCGACAGGAAGUGCGAGAAAACAUUUGCCACGGCCAAGUGCUUUUUUUUUUCAACCGAACCGCUGAUUGGAUCAGAAAAACGCGAAAGAUUUCUGUGCUUUCUCGAUGUCUGGAAAGAUUUGCGCGAUACUCGACACAAACUAGUCGUUGAUCCAGGAGCAUCAUCCGCUUCACGAGGAUUUCUCCAUUUGCACCCCCGAUGGGUCACUGCCGGACGCUCCGGCUGAGAUCCGAACCAAUGAAAUUUUCCAGUUUGCUGCACUCGAGAUAUUUCCCCGCGGCAGCAACAGUGAUUCACGUGGCACGAGAGAGGCGGAAAAACUCGAAAAAAUAAAAACAAACCAAUAUUAUUGGCUGCAUGCAACAGACUAACUGAAGAUAACAGGGCGCGGGGAACGAGAAAAGGACAAGCGUAUAAAUAAUACAUUAUCGAUGCAGGAUAAUUAAUUUUGCUGCAGGGUUUUUGUUUGAUUGGAUUGGACACAUUCGAGUGCGUGUGGACGGGGAGAAAGUGUGUGCGAUCGAGGAAGGCAAUUCACGCCAGUUGAGGAGUUGAUAGUUCAAUGACCGAAAUCGAUCCCCCCGGAAUCGUUGGAUAUUAUCAAUAUAAUGGCACGGAUGUGGCCGGUUGGAACGAAACCGCUCGCUUCAUUCCAGAAGAUGCCGAACUGGACGUGACCUACGCUGUGUUCGAGGGCCUCGUGGCUCUGAUGGCCGUGGUUGGCAAUGCAAUGGUGAUUGUGGUGUUCAAGCGUGAACGGCGGCUUCGCAGACGGACUAACUUUUACAUAGUGUCGCUGGCCACGGCCGAUUUUCUGGUGGGACUGCUCGGAGUGCCAUUCGCCGUCCUUUCCUCGGUUGGAUUACCGAGGAAUCUGUAUGCAUGUCUGUUCACCAUCUCCCUGCUGAUCGUGCUGUGCACGAUUUCGAUCUUCUGCCUGGUGGCAGUCUCGGUCGAUCGGUACUGGGCCAUCCUGCACCCGAUGGCGUACUCGCGGAACGUGCGAACCAAAACUGCGAUAGUCAUCAUAAGUCUCUGCUGGCUAGCAGGAUCCAUCAUAGGAUUUCUUCCGCUGUUUGGGUGGCAUGAAACACCCCAGGUGGACACAUGCCUCUUCCUCAAGGUCAUGGACUUCGACUAUCUAGUGUUUUUGUACUUUGCGACAAUCAUCACCCCGGCACUCAUCAUGUUGGCUUUCUAUGCCCACAUCUACCGAGUUAUUGUAAAACAGCUGCGCCAAAUCGUCACGAUGAAUCCAACGGGGAUUAUCUCGACCGAAAGUCGACGAGCGUCGGACAACAGUCGCAUCCGGAUAUCAACGCUGAAAUCUCACCGAUGCAAAUCUGGCCACAGCGGUGGUACAAUGCUCCGCGUACUGGGCGCGGCUCAGAAACGCGAAGUCAAAGCCACCCAGAACCUAUCCAUCAUAGUGCUGUUUUUCAUGAUCUGCUGGAUUCCGCUGUACACAAUCAACUGCAUCGUGGCCUUCUGUCGCGACUGUAAAAUCCCCCCGACACUGAUGCUGUUCUGCAUCAUCCUGUCCCAUUUGAACUCCGCCGUCAAUCCGCUGCUGUACGCCUACCAUCUCAAGGACUUCCGGGCGGCAAUGCGUAAUCUCAUCCUCAGUGUGCUCGGGCACGACGUGCCCACCCAGGAACUCAACUACCGGGCGUCUCUCGCCAGUCAGCAGCAGUUUGCGCAACGACAUUCCAUCAUGGAUCGGAGACUGUCACCGCAGCCGAAAAUCUAUAUCGAUUCACCGGUCUACCUACGAUCCCAGCAGCAACGCCAGCAAUCGAUCCUACUGCAACAGCGUUCUCUCGAUCGCUCGGGUAUCGGUGGAUCCUACUACAGUAUUAACAAGAAACGAUUGAUCACCACUACCCGCUCGGAUCCCGGUUCUCCCAACGUAAUGAUCAGCACAUCAGCCCUCAGCGCCAGUCCUGCCGACUCGAACUGUUCUUCUCCGCAGCGCUAUGCACCGCCGGAACUAUUCGAACGGGCCACCUAUGAAAUGUGGGGUAUAGCGGAAGUGCCCAGUGUCAACGAAGACAGUGAUAAUCGGAAGUCUAUAGAUGAUGACGAUCGGAAUGGAUACAUUUUGGUCUACACGGACUCGGAAGGGAAUACAAGGCAAAAUGACGAAAGUGUGGAGAGACCCUCUGUGGAGAUGGAUCUUGAAGAGAUCGAGAAGAACUCGAAGUCAGGAAUAUUUGAAGACAAUCUCAACGAGAUGCCAGAAUUUGAUUUAAGACUAACUGAAGAAGACCUUAACCAUAGUUCACUCUAUAGUAUUGUCCUGUCGCAACGAAGAAGUCAUAGUACGUGCUGUAUUUUGCAGGAACGGAAGACCAAUUCUCCGCCAACCGAUUCAGUGUUUCUCGUAGAGAACAAUUCACCCCAUCGAAUACUCGCCAAUCACCUGUCGCCGUCCGGCACCAACAACAACGGUGGUGGCGUCUACGACGAUGAUUAUGCCAACAACUGUAGUAGUCUCAACCUAGUCGAUAAUUAUAACAAUAACAACAACAACAACGACGAUGACAGUCAUCAUUCUAGCAAGAAUGCAUCUAGUCCAAAUUUCUCCUCGUCCUGCGGGACAACUACAAUUACCGGUAAGGUUCGGCCCAUUAGUAAAUCGUUUUCGUUGUUCAACAGCACACACUCGAAUCAAAGCCCUGUCCUGGCACCACUGUCGCCCAGCUGUCCCUCGACGGCGAUGGAGAGUGUCGAAACGUCACAUUCCAGCCUUUUCAAUCUGUUCAGUUCCAGUAGCGGUACGAAACAGCGGAUACGUAGCUUUAAGUAUAACAAACGGUCAUUGUCGAAUGAUAAGUGAAUGGAAAAUGUGAGCCUGUUGCUUGUAAACUAAUGCGACUAAGUAGAGAUUCCAUAAGUAUAUUUCUGAUGUAGUAAAUAGAACAUAAGUCAUCCA